AUGGACAAUAAACUAAAUUUAACUUGCAUAACACUUAAUGGGUAUGUAGAGGUGGAAAAGUACAGAUAUGUCUAUUUUCUGAUUUUUACAAUAUAUGCUGCAGUAAUUUUCUCUAAUUCCACCAUUAUUCGUCUUAUUGUGUUUCAUCAAAGCCUUCAUGAGCCCAUGUAUAUUUUUAUUGCAGUUUUGCUGAUUAACUCUACUUUUUUUUGCACAACCAUCUACCCAAAGUUUUUGCUUGAUGUUUUAUCUGAAAAACAGAUUAUAUCACACACAAUGUGUCACUUUCAGUAUUUUGUACUUUACACUUCAGGAGCUUCAGAAUUUUUAGUGUUGGCAGCCAUGGCCUAUGACAGAUAUGUGUCUAUAUGCAAACCUUUGCAAUAUUCCGUAAUCAUGAAAAAAACUACCAUCUCUGUUUUCUUGGUCUUAGCGUGGCUUGUGCCUGCUUGUCAGGUUGCAGGAACAACUCUUCAAGCCGUGCCACGACAACCAAUUAGGAGCCUGGUGACAUGA